AUGGCUGCCGACAGAUACAACAUCAACAGACAAUGGGAGCACUUACAGGCCAAAUAUGUCGGAACUGGCCAUGCUGACACGAGCAAAUUCGAGUGGGCAGUGAACCAACAUCGCGACACAUUAGCUUCCCACAUUGGGCACAACGACAUGUUGUCGUACUUUGCGGUCGCCGAGAACGAAUCGGUGGGUCGCUUGCGCUUCAACAUGCUCGAGAAAAUGAUUCAGCCAUGCGGGCCCCCGCCCAAGAAGCAGGAGGAAUAGCACCGUUGCUUGCCUUAGCAGUGUCAGCUUGUGGUGUGGUUAUCGCGUUUUCACGUCUGCAUUCGACUCGGCUAUUCCUGGGCCCUUGGGGCCAUCCCAUCGACUUGGUUCUGUUAUUCCAAUACUGACGCUUCCACCAAAUUCGUCUGGGUA